AGCGAGGGAGAUAUGUCGCUGCCGGGUUCGCCGGUGCCUGGGGCCCCGCGCUGGGCCCCGACCCACGUCCAAGUGACGGUGCUGCAGGCGCGGGGGCUGCGCUCCAAGGCCAAGGGCGGCGGCGGCGGGAGCGGGAGCGACGCCUACGCCGUCAUGGCGCUGGGCAAGGAGAAGUUCGCCACCUCGGUGGCCGAGCGCUGCCAGGGCUCACCCGAGUGGCGAGAGGAGGCCACCUUCGAGCUGCCCCCGCCGCCGCGACGGGGCCUGGGCGGAGGAGGGCUCUCGCCGGCCGCGGCAGGAGGCGCGCCGGCGGCCGUGCUGCAGCUCACCGUCCUGCACCGCGCCCUGCUCGGCCUCGACAAGUUCCUGGGGCGCGCCGAGAUCAGCCUGGCCGAGCUGCAGGACGAGGGCGGCCGACGGACCACACGAUGGUACAAGCUUCACUCCAAACCAGGGAAGAAGGAAAAAGAGAGGGGUGAGAUUGAAGUAGAUAUCCAGUUCAUGAGGAGCAACAUGACCGCCAGCAUGUUGGAUCUCUCCAUGAAGGAUAAGUCCCGGACUCCGUUUGGCAAGCUGAAAGACAAGUGGAAGGGGAAACGAGGCAAUGGGUUUCCAGACACAGCUUCAGCUAUUAUCCCUAGCAUUAGUCACUCCCCAGCUGACAGUGACGAAGAGUCAACUGAGAAAGAGAAGAAAAAAUCAAAGUUCAAGACGCUCUUUUCCAAACAUGGUUUGCAGAAGAGCAACAUCUCCCAGUCCAUGUCUGUGCUACCUACUCUCCAACCAGUUUCGGAGAAAGUUAGACUUAAACCCAGUGACUUUCCAUCACAGUGGAGCGACGAUGAUGACGAUGAUACUUUGACUCCAGUCUCAGAGAAGCCCUCUGCAAAUAGAGGUGAAGAUAACUUCCUUUAUCCCCCUUCCAGCAAGUCUCAUAAGAGAACGGGCAGCGGAGAUUCCAAGCAAUUAAACCAAAUCACUACCAGCAAUACCAAGAAGGAUUCACAUUCUUUAUUUGGGGGCCUGAAAUCCAAAAGUGACCCAAUUUCCAGGUCCAACGUGUGUAUCAAUGGCAGCCAUGUUUACAUGGAAGAAUGUGAAUCAAAAAGUGAUACCAUUCCAAGAGAAAGCACUCCAUCUUCCCCUUCCCCUCAUACAUCCCAGCGAAAAAGGCUUUUUUUGUCCCAGGAGAAUUUAUCUUCCGAACCCAGUAAGGAACCUGAAGUCAGUGGAAGAUUACCACUUGACAAAGGGCCGCCUGGGUCUUCCUCACUGGAGUCCUUUAAAGCCAUGACUCUGCCAUCAUAUAAACUACUUAGUGGCGGGGAUUUGCUAGAAAGCAGCACUCCUGUGAUUUCAGACACUCCAAAAGAAACCAAAGAAAACAAAAAACAGGAGAAUAAGAAGCCUGGCUUGCUAUCCCUUGUGACAGUGAAAAAAGAAGCUAAAAUCAGUGAGGAGGUAAAGAACAGUGAUGAUGCCUCUCUGAAAGAAGUCAAACGUAAUGAAAAAGAACUGGCAAGGAAAGAGACAAACCCUUUUGAAGUCCCUGUCGAUAGCAAAAGAGGUCAUGGCUCAGACAAGAGCAGUGCUUCAGAGGUGCCAAUUGCAAAGGCAGCCCUGAACCCUUUUCAUGAAAACAUUGUUGCAGAAGAGAAACCUGAAAAAAGUGCUGCUUCUGUGAAACCAUCGCAGACCAAACCCAUCAAACCCAGACCGGACGUGUCUUCAGAGGAUGAAACCAAAGCCACUUUUACUAUUCCUGUAUCUUCUUCUGCUUCUCCUUUCUAUCAUUUCCUUCGCUCUGAUAAUGAGAACAACCCUUUUACCUCUAAGCUUGAAGCAGAACAGAAAGCUCAGGACUCUGAUAAGGUUGCUAGUUCUUCAUUAAAUCUUUCUGCAAAGCAUAGCAACAAUCCCUUCACUACAAAAUGGGGACAAAUAUCCAAAGAGCAAGCCUCCAAAGCCUUUGUUGUGGCUUCUUCUACUUCUGGAAAUGAGAAUAACCCUUUUGCUCCUAAAUGGGGACAAGAAUCCCAGAUAGAAGAUUCUGAGAACUCAGCAAAAUCUUCCUUGCAUUCCCUACACUCUCCUGCUACUGCUGUUUUUGAGUCUCAUCCUCUUCCUUCUCAGCUGUCUAAUGUUGCUAAUCUUCCUGCCUCUAAACCAGGAAAGGACUCUGAAAACUUUAAGGGUCCUCCCGAAUCUUUGACUUCUAUCUCUUUAGCAGGAAACCUUGAUGAUUCCAUGCAUCUUCAUGUUGUGCAUUCAGGAACGCCUCAAGAUGAAGGUUUAACUAAUCAGAUAGAUCCUGUAUCCAGUUUUCCUGGAUCUGCCUCUGGCAGUCACUCUGCACGCUUUUAUGACCGAGUUGGACUGAUACUGAAGACUCAAUGUGAUGACAAAGUACAGGUUGUGCCACCGUUUAAAGAAAAAAGUGAAAGAAUUAAGAAGUCUGUAACCUUUGCUCUUGAUGAGCUGAAGGAUGAUGAUACAGUAAGUAGUGGUGAUGAGGCUUCAGAUGAAGAUCCAGUGGAGAGAGGGAAUUAUGGUGAAAACGAGGAUGCAGUAAAUCCCACUGAGAGGAACAGCAGACGACAACUUGAAUUGGAUGUAGGAUAUUGCUCUGCUUCUAAGCCCCAUGAUGGGAUAAUAAAUUCUGAUCCUAACGAUGAGAACCCUUUAGAAAGAGAGACUGAAACCAGUUCAGUGAUUACAAUAGAGCCACCAGUCCCAGUCCCAAGAGUUCUCAUGCCUUUGCCUAAGGAAACCAGCAUGUCAAGUACUGCAUCGGGUAGCAGUUCUCUGUCUGUACCACCAAAGCCGGCGCCAAGAAGUGCUUUGAAACAAAAGCAGAGUACAUGUCUUCCUCUCUCUGAUGAAUCAAAAACAGAAGAUGUGUUGAACUCUGCAUCUGUGUUUAAAGAAUUGCCUUCAAAUAGUUUAGUGUCCAGUGAAAGGCUAACCAGUGCUUGCUCACUAGCAGGUUCUGAAUCGACUGUACUCCAGCUUGGAAGAAAUGUUGGCACCACAUAUUCUCAAAGCAUUAGUAAUCACUCUAGUCAUGGAAUAAGCACACAUCUUGGCAUUUUAGUUACUGGAGAGAUGAAUGUAAACCCCAUCGCCCUUCCUGUUAUUCCAGAGGUAGGAUCAGAUGAUGAGCAGCUGAGUGAUUGUCACCAGGAUGCUGAUAAGAUGGCAGCUUGUGAGGACUUGUCAAGGAAUAGGGAUGAAUUUACAGAGUUAUCAUCUUCCACGGAGAGGAGAGAGUUGGCAUCAAAUGAGAAGGUUGCUGGUGAAGGGCAGACUGUAUCACUUGUGAAAAUAAGUGGUCCUAAUGAUGCUCCUGGACCCAACAAGCCAUUGGUCAAUCCUUCAGCAGUAGUACUUCAAAGUGCAGGUCAUAAUGAAAGGGGAUUGGAACAGAAGAAUGGUGACAAGUGUAAGGAAGAUAGGCAUAUUGAUUGUCCUGAGUUCUCUGAUAAGCCUGUCCCUCUUUCCCCUCUGUCUGGUACUUCUCAAUCUUACCCCACUAGUUCAUUCCAAUCUGAUGCUCUUGGCUCUAAUAGAGCAGAAACUCCGAAAAAAGCUGCAGCAGAGGGCUUGGAUGCCAAAGGGGAAAUCUCUGGCAAGAAGAAGCUGCUUGAGGCAAGGGUUUCACCCUCUGAAACACAUCCCAAUCAAACUCUGCAGAGUGGUGGAACGUAUCCUGCUAAGCUCAGACUUCAUCCUGUGAAGCCAAUGAAUGCUACAACAAACAAGCUGAGCAUAACUACGAAGAUCCUGGAUAACCAGAAUGAAAGCAAUCUAAAGAAAUAUGACCCUUCAGAUCCUGCCUACGCUUAUGCUCAGUUAACGCAUGACGAGCUGAUCCAGCUGGUCUUGAAACAGAAAGAUGCAAUGGCAAAGCGAGAUCUCCAGGUGCGAGAGCUGGAAGACUACAUAGAUAACUUGCUUGUUAGAGUCAUGGAGGAAACCCCUAAUAUUCUUCGGGCUCAAGCACAUGUGAACAAGAAAGCUGGGAAGAUAUGAGAAGGCAGUUAAACCUGGACAAUGACGUUUUUUGCUCAUACUUUGGAAGUAGAAAGUGUGAAAAGUUUGACAUUGAAAUAUCUGUUGCUUGUACCAAAACAAAAGAUGUUUUUCUUGUCCUAGGCUAGAGUUGAUUUAGUUUAUCUUGGGAGACUGUUAAUAAUUAUAUAAUCCAAAAUGACAAUCGUAUUAAAGAACAAACAAAACAUAUACUUUUUAGUACACUGUACAUGUUUUGCUGCUCUGUUGAGGUUAAAGGCCUGAGAUUGUGGGACUGGAGGGAGUUAUGAGCCAGUUUUCACCUGUGAAUAAUUCUGUAACUGGAGCAUUUUAAAGGUUUUGUUUAAAAAUAGACAUUUACCUGUUUCCAAAACACAAAUUUCUGACCUGAUGUUUUUAGGGUUUUAAUUUAGUGCAAUAUAAGCAAUCAUAUGCUAAUUAGAUUAGAGGUAUUGGAAGAAUAUGUCAUCAUGAAGUGCCUUAUUUUGGCAAGUUGUUGGAGGAAAUUAGCAUGUUAUCUGAAACCUGGAUGCAUUUUUACUUGCAAGCAGCACACUCCAUUAGGAAAUUCUGCUAUACCAGCUCCAUCGAAUAAGAAUUAAGAGCUCAGCUGCGUUGUUGAAUUCUCAUUCAUUUUGUGGGGUUUGUGCUGUACUAUUUUACUGUUGAUUGUGCUAAGCUGCCUGAAUUUCACUUUAGAUGGUGAGCAAAGUCUACAGUUAAGAACUACAAAGUAGUGGCUGGUGAGCAUCAAACCAACAAGUUAAAAAUAACACAUGAAUAUGAGCAUUUAGGAUUCUUAAGCACAAAACUGACUUCUGUAUCUCCUAAUGUGGUCAGAACAGGGAAAGAGUCUUGAUUUGAUCUAACUGCCUGUGAUGUUAGUGUUAAGUUGUUGCAGUGGUUACCUUUAAGUAUGGUUAGGUUUGAAAGACUAUUUACACUGUAUUUUUUUUGUUGAGAAUUACAACCUGUGUGUUUUUAACAACUGGAUUUGGAAGUGCUCUUGCAUUCGUUAUCGCUGAAUUUUUUUGUUUGUUUAACAUUUAUGAAGUUUCAGUUGACAGACCAUGGAGUCUGGAACCUCUGACAGGUUUCACUAUUUUCUUUUAGUUCAUCAUCCAGUUUAGCACCUACUUUUAAAUUGUUGAUCUUCCCGUUUCACCUUUGAGUGACUUACUCCUUUGUUCAGAAAUCUACUUGAACGUUGUUGUUUUCUUCUCUCAUUCAGUAAACUAGUCAGAUAGCUUCCCAUUUGUGAACAAACAUACAAAAGUUGUUCUCAUAAGCAUCUUUGAUUUUGAGAAGUUUUGCAUCAUGUUGAUUUGGAAAAUCUUCCGAAAAAAUCUCAUUUUAGAAGGGCUAAAAUUCAGCAAUCUCUUCAUUACCAUAAUCACUUUCAUCAGUAACUGUCAAGCACUUGCCUGACUUUCAAAGUAACAUCUUUCAGUUUCUUCAGCUCUUCCAGGUUCUGCAGUUCUUCUUUCCCCACAUCAUCAUGGCUUCCCAAAAUGUAUUUGCUCAUAUUUCUCCUCCUUUGGCCGUUGAAAUCUGUUCUACAGAAGCUGUCCCGUUCUUAUCUGAGCCCCGCUGGUGGCAAAUGAAGACUUUCUUGAUGUUCAAUUGAUCAUCAAUUAGAGAUCUUAAAGAUUCUUCUUUCCCCCCUCCCCCCAAAAAAAAGAAAAGAAAAAACAAAUGCUUGUAAGGCAAACGGGGGAAUAGAUUCAACCUCCUUGAACUUGGUAAGAAUUCAGAUUUGAGUUUAUAGCUGAACAUACUCAUUUGCAUUUAAACUUCAUGUUCAGUUUUUUUUUCUUUCAGAUUAUUUUCUCAGUUGCUUCUUUCACGAGAGUCUCAAUGCGGGCUGUCAGUCUGGACGUAUUCCAACUGCAGUUCUUUGAGACAUAUAGAUAGCAUUCCCUGAAUCUAGAAGCUCGGCCAAAGCCUGAGUCACAGUGUUUUGUUAGUACCCUUGUGUUCCUGAUAUUGGAAGUCCUUAACAGUCAGUCACCUUGCUUCCCAAGUAAACGGGGCUACAAUGGCUUCUCAGUUAUUAAAGGGGCUGCUGGUGCUGCUUCAACUACUAGAAGAUGUGAAUAAUGUUUUUGUGCAAGCUGAGCCCUAUAAUACAAUUUCUGCUGAAGACUGAAUUAGGAACAUGCAUGCUUUUAAUAUACUUACAUGGGUUGUGUGAAACAAAUUGGACUUCUUUUUAGUAAAAGAGUAUUUGUGUGGUGUGUUGCAAAACUAUGGGAAGAAUCCGGUCAAAGUACAGUCCUUUUAAAUCUCAUUGUCUUUUUAAUGAUAUGGCUGGGUAGGUUUUUAAUACUCCAGUAGGAACAACUGGACUUAAACUUCUCCUGAACAUUAGCUGGAUUGUGCCCUGAGGUGAAGUGAAAAGUUAAAAUUCAACAAGAUUUUAUUCUGACUCUAACAGGCAAACUUACAUUGUAUUGGUAUUUUCUUGUCCUCGGACAGGCAUUUCCUUUACAUGGAUUAGUGGUUUAUAAAGGAUCAGUUUUUGUGGGUUUCAUUAUGAAACAAAAUGGUUUUCCUUCCCCUGUAUUCAUCAUUUUCUGUAACAUAGGAAAUUGAGGUUUAAUUGGAUGUUGAUUGAAGAUAGAAGCUGUAAGAGUUACCAGGCUUAGUGCAAACUUGUCUAUGCAUUCUUGGCUUCCAGCCAGUCAGAAUUACUGUAAUUCAAAAAAUUGUUGAGUCUUGUGACUCAACAAGAUUCCUUAACUUCUGAGUGGUGAAAUGCAGAUACCUCACAGCAAUCCAACUGUCAUUUAAAGGCUCUGAUGGAUUAAUUUUGAUUCAUAGUACUUACUGUAGCUACUUUUUGUUAUCUCCCUAUGCACUUUACAAGAGGGAUGAAGUUGCCACUGCAUAGCUCUUCAGCCCUCCCAUUGCGUUCAGUCAUGACACUGGAUUAUAAGCUUGUCAGCUGAAAUCAAAGAUCUUGAUGCUGAAUGGUGCACUGUUAAUCGCUUUUGGUACUGUAUAAUCUGACUUGUGAUCACCAAAGAAUCAGAAUAGCUGAAGCGGCUACUAUACUCAUUCUUUGAGAAGCACUGCAGUUCAUAUGACCUGCAAUCCUUCUGCAAUCAUAGCCUAACUAUGUUAAGUAUUUGGUCCAAAAUAAGUAACGUGUUUGGAUGUAUGGCUCUGAGUAUGGGGUUAUGCUCUCUGUUCCUGUAGCCAUAAAUGGUGGGUGAUGCUCACUGAAUAGACUUGUCCAUCUGUUUUGCAUAGUGUUAAUUCUGUCGAUGAAAUCCACUGACUGAGGCUGCCCUUUUGCCUCAGUUAAAUGGUAGAGCUAGAACAAUGAUUUCAGAUGUUUGCAAGGACAAGAACUGUUUGCCACAUCUAACGUUGUCAGAGUCUUCCACAUACCUCUGGCUCCAUGAUAACUGGAGAGGUACUGUCGAAAGCACAUUUUGCGUGUAAAGCAAACAUUUAAAUGCUUGGGGUCAUCUUUUAAAAACACCUUUAAAUAAUUAAAUUACUUUUUAAAGCUUUAAAUGUCUCAAGGUGUCGUCCUAUGCGUGUUUAGACAGGAAAAGUCGUACGACUCUAGUGUUUCCCAGCUAGCCAGCCAGUGGUAGAACUUUUUCCCCAUCUAAAUAUACAUAGGACUGCAUGUGUUUCUCUCUUUUGGUCCUGCUGGAGCCAUAGCGCAAUGCUGCAUGCCUGCUUGUUUUGGAAAUAAAUAUUUUAUGGAAAGGCUUGUACUGGAAAACAGUAUGCCUGGUAGUCAUGGUCGCAAAGCACUGCGCGGCUAGUUCCUUUAACACCGCUCCCAUUAGGAAUGGCUCUCUAGCAACAAAUAAGGAGUUCACAUUAUUCUAAAAUGCAGCUACGUGCUGUUGAAAUGAUAUUGGUUAUUUCAGUAGGGAUUCUGCUUGGCAGGUUUUCAGUGGUUUGUAGAAACCUCAUUUAUAACAUCUAAAAUGUCCAGCGAUUAUGGACUUUAGUGGACUGCUUGUCAUGUUGUAUCACAUGCAAAGGAACCACUGGACAAAGUCAGGCAACUAUUCCUUCAUACGAAGAUCUGAUGAGUUUUGAGCAACAGACAAUUAGGAUAGUGUCCUUCAACUUGUGCCUUCUAUUCAGUAUCUGUGACUUACAAGUUGGACAUAGAAAUGCUGAGUGUGUUGUCAAAGGGAUAGCUCGCCUCCCCUUGUACAUUCACUUGCCCAAUGCUUACUACUGAAGGAUCUGAAUGUAUGUUUAUAUUUUCUACCUUGUUACUCUUGGUACUUAUGCUAUUGGUUUUUAUACAAAAACCUUCAGCCUCAUGAAAAGUUAAAAUAAAGUUAUUUAAGCUUA